CCAGAGAAAUCUCACGAUGACGUUUAUGUGUCUGUCAUGUGACCACGCUGGGCGUGUCUUAAAUUAGUUUCCGGAAACAUGGAGGCUGUACUGAGUGAUGUGGUGGCUCCUGAAGACCUUCUAAAAUUUGAGAAGAAAUAUAACAGCGAGCUGGCGAAGGGUGCUGUCACCAAAGAAACAAAGUUUGAGUAUGCUUGGUGUUUGAUCAGGAGUAAAUACUCACAGGAUAUCAAGAAGGGGAUUGUACUUUUGGAGGAACUGGUUCAGAAAGCAUCAAAGGACGACUCCCGGGACUUUUUGUUCUACCUUGCAGUGGCCAACUACAGACUCAAAGAAUAUGAAAAAGCUCUCAAGUAUAUCCGCAUUCUCCUAAAGAACGAGCCAGGGAACAAGCAGGCUCUGGAGCUGGAGAAGCUGAUCGAUAAGGCUUUAAAGAAAGAUGGCCUUGUCGGCAUGGCGAUCGUCGGGGGAAUCGGCCUUGGCGUGGCCGGUUUAGCAGGCCUCAUCGGCUUGGCCGUGUCAAAAGGAGCUGCCAAAUCCUAACUUGGGUGUGAGAGGGAACAUCGACGUUUUGCUGGACUCACACACUGACCAGCCUGCAUAAAAAUAAA